CUUGCUGCGUGUGGUGUCACGCAACGGUCUCCUCAACGUUUGCCUAAUCCAUCUCCAUUUGCUUCAGAAUAAGUUCUAGGUUAGUCUGUUAACUGGCUGAGUUUCUUGGUGCCAAUCUUCUCUGGCCAACUGACCAUCGAAUCUUUAGUAUCGAGCUAGCGAAAUCAACUGCUGCUAAAGGUUCGUGCCCUACUCAUCAAUACUCUGAACUAUACUGCUGUCACACUUUGACACUUGUCACGUUACCGAAAGCAUUUCCAAAAGGCCACUGCACACCUUCAUCGACAAGUGCCUUUGCUGGCUGCAUGCUGAAGAUCACAUAGCGUACCGGAAAGAAUAAACACCUUUGAACUCUAGUAACUGACUAACUAAAACCCUAUCGACCAGCAAAUAUGCAGAAGAAAAUACAAAGAUGAAUUAUAGACAGACUGAGGAAACCCCUUGAGGGAAGUCCCACAUCAGCCAGGCUAUAGCUCAAAUGGAACCCGAAGGGUAAACAAAAAUUUGGGCGUUUGUCUGAAGGUGACACGGAGGAAAUCAUGUUAGGAAGUGAUUAAAACUUAUGAGAAAUCACCUGACCAGAUAAAGAUUACUGCUGAAAACAAGACGAAAUGUAGAUUUUUAUUUGAAGCCUGCUUUAUCCGAUGUAUUCAAGAACAAGACACGUAGUUCUUUCAUAGGUUUACAUUGUAUUUUGGUGUGAGUGCGGUUUUACACCAGUAAAAAAUAUUAGUUGUUCACAAUGUGAAAUGAAAUUAGAAGCAGAUGGUAAGAAGAGUUUUGUUGAAACUGAUAUGUAUCGACGUCGAUGUGCUGAUGAACCGGAAAUAUUCUUUAAACCAUGUCCAAUUAAUGAUAAGAAUAAACCUCGUGGAUGUGGAAAACUUACCACAUAUGUAAAAGAACCUGUCUCGAAAGGUCGUACAAGAGAAGUAACAUUGAUGCGACGUUUCUGUGCUACAGAAGGUGCUGAACCCGAAGAAGUGAAAUGUGUUAAUCGUCAUUCAGAAGGCGGUUUCUCUGAAAUUUGUAUUUGUGGUAGUGAUAAUUGUAAUUCUGCACCCCAAUUGUCAAUGAAAUCAACCUCGUUCACUUACUUUUUCCUAUUCACCUUUCCAUAUAUAUACUACUUAUUAAGUAAUUAGAGUAAUAUAUAUAUGCAUAAACUAAAUAUUCUUGUUAGUAGUAUUAUAAGUAGUGUCUAUCAGUGUCUAUCUCCACAUUUGAAUAUAUAUAGCUUACUGAGAAAGUAUAUCAUUCGGGUUGAAGAGUAUUACACUGUGAAUAGAUGAAAAUGAUGGCCAUGGGGAUCCCAUGAAUACCAAGAUCCUUACACAAACAAACACAUGCACACACACAUACACUACUCAUAGAUUACAACAUAUGCACACUUCUCAACUGAUAGUAUCUUUUACUCGUUUCUCCAUUUUUUUCUCAUUGCCAACUGGUUUUUGCAAAAAAUCUAAAAUGACUGGGAAAUAUUACACUUUGGUUUAAAUGCAUACUCUAUGUUGUUAUCGUUAUUGCUAUUAUUAUUAUUAUUGAUUUUUGUGUUGUGUUUUCUAGUGCAUUUAUAUACCAUUUUAGUCUAAAUAUAUACUUACUACCUUCAUGUAUACUUAUACAUAUAUAUGUAUACCAUAUGUAACAUGUUAUACAGUAAUAUCAGUAGUGUAUACAUAUGCGUAGAAAUU